GUCGCAAAGCACAUUUAAAAAGUGUUUGAGACAGGCGCAAAGCUGACAGUUGGCUUUGAGACGGCGACGCGUGCGCACGAAGAAACACAGAGAAAACACGGUCGAACUGUUGAACAAAAUGGCGUCAAUGAAAAUCUGCAUAUUCGCGCUGCUCGUGGGAACAACGCUUGCUCAGCGUGCAUAUAUGCGAGUGGGUCCGGGCCAUCCACCCUCACAGCGCCAUUUACCACCAAGAAUUCGUGAUCCUGUCCAGGAAGCGGCUGUGGAGCCCAAACGGAAACAAGUGCAGGCAGCGGCAGAGUACGAGCCCAGCGAGGAGUGCCCGGAGCCAAAUGGCUUCUAUCCGGAUAGCAAACAGUGCGAUAAAUAUUAUGCGUGCUUAGACGGUGUGCCCACGGAGCGUCUGUGCGCCGAUGGCAUGGUCUUCAACGACUACUCGCCCAUCGAGGAGAAAUGCGAUUUGCCCUAUAACAUCGAUUGCACCAAGCGUUCCAAGCUGCAGACUCCCCAGCCAUCGCUGCACUGUCCGCGCAAGAACGGAUACUUUGGCCACGAGAAGCCCGGCAUUUGCGACAAGUUCUACUUCUGUGUGGAUGGCAUGUUCAAUAUGAUCACCUGCCCGGCGGGCUUGGUGUUCAAUCCGAAGACUGGCAUCUGCACGUGGCCCGAUGAGGUGGGCGUGACUGGCUGCAAGUCGGAGGACAUCUUUGAGUUCCAGUGCCCCAAGGUGAACGAGAGCAUUGCCGUGACCCAUCCGCGCUACGCCGAUCCUGAUGACUGCCAGUUCUUCUAUGUGUGCGUGAACGGAGAUGUGCCGCGUCGCAACGGCUGCAAGCUGGGCCAGGUGUUCGACGAUGAGAACAAGACCUGCGACUGGGCUCGCAAGGUGCCCGACUGCGCUGAUUGGUACAAGGAUCGUCUAACCGAUGCGGAGCUGGACGAGCUGGAGAAUCCCAAGCCAAAGUCAACGACCACCAAGCGUCCGGCACGAGUGCGUGGCGCCUCCAGGCGCAAGCCGAAGCCAAAGGUCGUCGUCGAGGAGGAGGCGCCCGAGCUGGAGGAGGAGUAACUGCGAUGGUCCAAUUGCCGACUGUGUUUAGUCUUAAGUGCGUCCCAUCCUGUUCACAAAUAAAUGUCCGCCAAUUCCGCCAAUCA